GGCGGAGUGUCGCUCAGUCCGGGACGCGGCGCCGCUCCUCUCCUACCUCCUACCUGUCUGUCCGGACCGACAACAUGGAUCCGGAGAAGGAGAAAGCGGAUGUCAGUCUGUACGUGGGCGAGGAUUUAUUCAACAGAUCAACAGAGCCGAUACUGACCAAGAUAGGAAACGCUGAUUCGUCACCACUGGAUCGAGACCCGAACGGCAUAAACGCGCAUUUGAAGGUCAGUUUCGAGGAUGUGAUCGCAGAACCCGCCUCCUCUCAGAGCUUCGAUAAAGUGUGGAUAGGAAGCAAUGCCGCGUUUGAGCUGGUCAAGUUCAUCUUCUACCGGGUGCUGUCCACCCUGCUGGCCGUGCCCGUGGCCUUCAUGCUGGGGCUGAUGUUCGGAGUGCUGAGCUGCAUCCACAUCUGGAUACUGAUGCCUUUCGUCCGGAGCUUCAUGACAUUGCUACCAUCCAUGCAGAUGGUGUGGAGAACUGUGACCGACCUGUUCAUCACACCACUUUUCCAAAGCAUUGGCAAGAGCUUUUCGUCCAUCCAGGUCACAGCCACAGAGUAGCUGACGUGAGGAAGUUGACGUGUCAAUAUUGGGCCUGAGCAGAGAGGUCAUGUGACCUUUCUUGUCAUCCUAUUAAUAAGUGACUUUGGGGUUGAUGGAAAAAAAAGUGUGAUGUGCUGAGCUGCGUUACAUCUGCUUUGUAUACAUUUUGCAGCUCCAGAUUGAAGAAAAUAUGAUAAGAUUGUCUAAUAAUUUUCUUCUGCUUUUUAAAGAUGAAUAUAUUUACUAAGGUCGGGGGCUUUAUUUUUACAUGUAGCCUCAAAGGAAACUGUAUGUUGAAAAUAACAAGUCUUGUUUUAACUUAUUGUCACAUACUGUGCUAUUAAUUUUUUUUUUUCUGACUCUGUCUCCGGCGACACUUGCACAGUGAAUUUUUAUGGCGGUGUAGCUCCAGUACGGGCAGCAGGAAGCUCUAAUAAAAAGAAA